AAAAAAGAAAAGAAAUUACUUAACAAAUCUUGAUUUAAAACAAAUACGAACUGUAUCCUUUUCAUUGACACACUAAUUUCCGAUUCUAAUAGGUGUGAUAUAUAGUGUACGCCACGAAAAAUGGGUGAAGAUGGUGGUGGUCAUGGCAAGGGCUCCGGCGAUCUCAAAUCCUUUCUCAUGGACUUUAUGAUGGGCGGCGUAUCGGCAGCUAUAGCCAAGACGGCGGUGGCGCCCAUCGAGCGUGUGAAGCUGAUAUUGCAAGUGCAGGAGGUAUCCAAGCAGAUACCGCAGGAUCAACGAUAUAAAGGCAUUAUCGACUGUUUUGUUCGCAUACCCAAGGAGCAGGGAUUUAAAUCGCUUUGGCGUGGCAAUCUGGCCAAUGUAAUACGUUAUUUUCCCACUCAGGCAUUGAAUUUUGCCUUCAAAGACGUCUACAAGUCGAUUUUCCUUGGAGGUGUGGAUAAGAAUAAACAAUUUUGGCGCCAUUUUAUGGGUAAUUUAGCAUCUGGUGGUGCAGCAGGAGCCACCUCCUUGUGUUUUGUAUAUCCCUUGGACUUUGCUCGUACACGUCUUGCUGCUGAUGUGGGCAAGGGUGGCAAUCGGGAAUUUAAUGGCCUCAUCGAUUGCCUUAUGAAGGUGGUCAAAACGGAUGGCCCCAUCGGGCUGUAUCGCGGCUUUAUUGUCUCUGUGCAAGGCAUUGUUAUAUAUCGUGCCGCAUACUUUGGAUUCUAUGAUACAUGCCGCGACUAUUUGCCCAAUCCCAAGAGCACACCUUUCUAUGUUAGUUGGGCCAUUGCCCAAGUGGUUACAACAGUCGCUGGUAUUGCCUCUUAUCCCUUCGAUACAGUCCGUCGUCGCAUGAUGAUGCAGUCCGGUCUAUCGAAAUCGGAAAUGAUCUACAAGAAUACGGCCCACUGUUGGCUGACAAUUGCCAAACAGGAGGGUGCGAGUGCCUUCUUCAAAGGCGCCUUCUCCAAUAUUAUUCGAGGCACUGGCGGUGCCCUAGUACUUGCCAUUUACGAUGAAUUCAAGAAGUACUUCUAAACGUCGGACGUGUUCGGGACGAAUCACUCGGGAGUAUUGGAUCAGCAUUAUCAUCAUCAUCAUCAUCAUUAACGUUAGUUAUCGUUGUCAAUUAGCAUCAUUUGCAGCAGUAGAAGCUACCUCUAUAAACCUCAUGGCAUUAGCAAGGAUUAUGUCCACUGAGAAGUGGUCUUUAGCUAUCAUCUUUGUUGACCCCAGCUCUUACGCCCUAACCUGGAAUACCUUCACCACAAUCAUAACCAGACAAUUAAUUGACUCACCACUUAACCAUAUAUUUUUGAAUCCAUUUCUUCGACAAUACCGAUCGCUCAACUUCAAAUGCAAAGAACCACAUAAAACCAAGUGACACAAAUUUUACAUAGAUAGCUAAACACAAUCCAUCCUGAAAUUUUUAUGAACGAUACCCGGAGAAGAAAUAUAUAUCAUGCUAAAAUCCUGUA